AUGGCGCCCUUGAGUAAAGAACUGUCUGGUGUCAUACUCCCCCACGAUCAUUUCGGGAGUCAUUUGAAUUCUGCUGGCAAGACCAUAGAUUCGGAACUAGAAGAAAUCAAUUUUAAGAAAGCUGGCGAAGUCCUUGCCGAAAUAUGGAAUUCAUUGGAAAUUGAUGGUCAUUCAGUGAUAGCUGAAUUUGGCGACACUGACAGCAAGCUACCGCUUCCUGAAAUGCCGUCAGCAGAAUGGUUCGCAAUACAUGUUCGUGAAAGCCAGUAUUUUUUUCAGAUCGUCAAAUGUGAUGAAAUUGCUUGCUGUAGUUCGACGCGCAGUGACAUAAAGCAAAUAUUGGCAGAAGGUUUCUUUCCUCCACCUGUUCCACUUCGACGCACUGAAGAUGGUUUAAAAACUCCUGAUACUUCGGAAGUAGAAAACAAAGAUGAAUUUCCUUCUUUGUUUGUCAGGCAAGCGACUAAUUUGAAAAUUCAAGGGAAGGAUUUACCUCAAAAUCUCCCUUAUGUUUUGUACUGCCCUACAGUACUGCCUGUACUGAAAGAACGCAUUUGCAAAUAUUGCGGAGUUUAUUUUGCUGCAAAAUCUCACGUAACUGAUCACAUUAAAGCCCUUCAUUCACAGGGGCGUAAAAAACAAAUGGACGAUGAAAAAAUGAAGAAACGGAGCUUUUAG